AUGGCGUCGAAUGAGAAUGAGAUCGUGAACAUCGUCAAGCAGCUCGACUCUCUCAAGGCCAAUAACCUCGCGUCGGCACCGCAGCUCCUCUCUCGCGCAAAGCUUGCUCUACUCCAUCUCAACGCUCUCGUACCAACGGAAGACACCAAACCACAACAUCUGCAGCUCGCCACCGCAGUGCUCGAAGCUGGCGCGCUCGUCAGCAUCAAGCUCAAGGACACCGACUCCUUCACACGCUACUAUCAGCAACUGCAACCUUUCUACUCACUACCCGCGGAGCAGCGCAGCAGCCGGGCAAGCAGCAGACAAAGCAAUCAGGGCAAGGUCACGGGGCUGUAUUUACUGUUGCUUCUGAGUGUCGGCGAUUAUGGUGGCUUCCACACUGUUCUGGAGGGUCUUGAGGUGAGCGAUGGUAAAGACCGCAUCGACAAGGAUGAGUUCAUACAGUACCCCGUGCGGUUAGAGCAGGCCUUGAUGGAGGGUAGCUAUGACAAGGUUUGGGUCGAGACAAAGGGCGAGCGGGUGCCGAGCGAGGAGUUCGCUGUGUUCUCCGAGGUACUCAUCGACACAAUCCGCUCAGAGAUAGCAUCAUGCUCAGAGCGCGCAUACCCAUCCCUCCCCAUCUCAAACGCCAAGAACCUGCUGUUUCUGGACUCCGAGGGCGCGGUGGUGAAGYUCGCGCAGUCCCGCGGAUGGACAGCAAAGGAUGGACGGAUAUACUUCCCGGAGCAGGAAGAGGAGAUGCGUGCGGCAGAGAAGGAUGUGAUGAGCAAUAGCGAUGUCGUGAUUGAGAACACGCUGGUGUAUGCGAGGAAGCUGGAGACAAUUGUGUAA